AUGGCGACCCGCACGAUCGCCGUCUCUAAAUUUAUCGGCAGCGUCUCCCUCGGCUUGCUCACUGGCAUAUCCUACACCCUCCCUCUCCACUCCGCCCCAUCGCUCCUCUCCCUCCCCUCCGCCUCCUCAGCAUCAACAGCCUUCCGCACGCUCUCCGCUUCCACACAACGCACAACACGCUUCCUCUCCGCCCUCUCCUUCACCAGCAUCCUCACAGCCUACAUUCUCUCCCCUGAACGAGGUCGGCACCCCUUCCUCCUCUAUGGCGCCCUAGCCGCUGGCAUACCCCACGUCACCGACCUCUAUGGCUUCAUCAUGGGAUUUGCUGGUGUGAAGGGCGAGGGUGCCAAUGGCGGUGGUUACUCGCCCAAGAUGUUUGGAGGAAAAUUGGGAAAUGGGAAUGGAGGGAGUAGUGGGGCGUCGAGUGAUGAGGAGUGGGAGGUUGAGGCUAGCGGGAUGAGGACGAAGAGUGCGGCUACGAAGGGGAAGGGUAGGGCGUUGACGCCGGAGAGCGAGGUGGAGGAUGUGAACGGGGAGACUGUGAAGCAAGGGAUUAGGGAAUGGAGCCGUAGUACGGUGUACAAGGGAGCGAGCUGGGCUUUGGGCUUUGGUAUUAUGGUUGUGGGGAUGUGGGGAGAUGGGUAUCAGGGAUGA